AUGGAGAAAUUUUUGUUGACGGCUUUCUUAUUUUUGGCAAUAGCAAUUUUGCCUUCAACUCAUGGGCUUGAUCAAAGUCCAAAGGGAGUGGGAAAAUGGUUCAAGAAGCUUUCCCAUGCAAAAGAAAAAAUUACCAAACUUCACUUCUAUUUUCAUGAUACUGUGACGGCAAAGAACCCAUUAGCAAUCCAAAUAGCCCAAGCCAAUAAUACAUUUCAAUCACCAACAUUUUUUGUCUUAGUGAGGAUGAUGGACGAUCCAUUGACGGUUAAGCCCGAGCCCAACUCAGAAGUAAUAGGCCGAGCCCAAGAGAUCUAUGGCUCGGCCUCGUUCGAAAAUAUAGCCUAUCUUAUGACUCUCAACCUUGUGUUUACCAAGGGUAACUACAACGGUAGCACACUCAGUAUUCUUGGACGCAACCAGAUAUCUCACGAGUAUAGAGAAAUACCGAUCGUUGGUGGUUCAGGUGUUUUCCGCCUAGCACGAGGCAUUGCCACAGCGAAAACCUAUCGGGCCAAUAACAUCACUGGGAAUGCAAUAGUUGAAUAUCAUGUUGUGGUUUUGCAUUAUUGA